AUGUCCUUAACUCACCAGGUGUCUACCAGCCCUACCACAACUGCAGUUCCCCUACCCGACAGAGACACUAUGCCUGGCAGUUCUGCCCACAAACCCCUACCAGUGUGGUCACUGGAAUCCAACGGGACCCUAAGUCCACCAUCACUCACCGAAAAAUGCGAUAGAAAUGGCCGCGAGAAUGGUAUCUGUUGCAAGGAUCUCAAACACGAAGGCAACAGAACUCUGAUAGAUCCUGAUAUUGUCCGCGACAUCAUUAUUGGAUUGUCGGAUGGCCUGACUGUUCCUUUCGCUCUGACAGCUGGUCUGUCUGGCUUAGGGAGUUCAAGAACUGUUGUUGUCGGCGGCCUUGCAGAAAUCAUUGCUGGUGCCAUAUCCAUGGGAAUAGGUGGCUUCCUUGCAUCCAAGGCUGAGCAGGACCAUUACCGGUUCUUGCGACGCCACACCUACUCACGGGUGAUGCGGAGUUGCAUUGGGGAAAUGGAGAGAGAGGUAUACGGUAUUUUGGGUCCCAUCGGUGUUGACGAAUCGGCCUCCCAUGCCGUCACGAAUUGUCUGCGGAAAGUAGAGGAUGAAGCUGGGUUUGACGGAAGUGCAUCCGCACCUACCGAUGAGGAGAAGUCACCGCGGGGGAUGAAGAGCGAAUCUGGGCUAACACCUUUCUUACUGAAAUUCGGAGAGGGGCUGGAGGAUGUUCCGACUCGCCGACUAUACAUCUCCGCCUUCACUAUCGGCAUGUCAUACCUCCUUGGCGGUAUCAUCCCCCUUCUCCCGUAUUUCUUCAUUUCCCAAGCAAUUCAAGCACUGCAAUAUUCUUGCAUAAUUACUGGGAUAAUUCUUCUCAUAUUUGGUGGCGUCAAAGCCCAAGUCACGGGGGCAGCGAGGAGUAUCUGGGGAUACAUUUGGGGAGCAAUUAGUACGAUGGCUGUUGGUGGAUUCGCUGCUGCUGCAGCUUACGGGUUGGUUACCGCAAUAGAAAGAUCGUCUAUAUCAUAG